GUGACACUACAUCAAUUGCUUAGAAACGGCCUGCAGUUGAAACACAUUAAGCAAUGGCAAGUAUUCUUAACGAGAGCUAUUAUUCUAAAAGAUACAAUGUUUUCAAAAGAUAUUGCAAACAAGGUGAAGAAGUGCUCAAGAUGCUACAAACCUACUUGCCGAUUCGAAUCGAAAAAUUGGUUAAUUCAAGCAUUGAGAAGCAAUGCGAGUUGAAGAUUCUUAGUGUCGGAGGUGGAACAGGAGAGAUAGAUUUGAAAUUUGUGGAAAUUCUACUCGAGGAAUUGAAGAAGCACAGCUCUGAUGAUCAAAACACGACGAUAUAUCUGCGAGUGGUUGAACCGAAUUCAUCUUCGUGCAAACAAUUCAGCGACGCCGUAGAAGCGCGUCGAGAUUUGCCAAUUCACGUCGACAUUCGAGCCCAAACUUUUGAAGAAUACAUUCAAAAUGAGCAAAACGCAAACACUGCAUUUGACAUAAUACACUUUAUUCACAGCGUUUACUUCAUUGAAGAGGAAAAAGCGAUUUCGUACUGUUUGGAAAAGCAAUUAAAAGAUCGGGGUUGUCUCUUUUUUGCGUUUUCUGAUGAGGGAUUACUAAAGCAAGUAUCGCUUGAAAUUGCAGAAAGACGACCUAAUGACAAUUUGGCGAACCUCGCAGAAAAAAAUGGCCCCAAAUUGAUUGAAAUCGUCGAGAAACGUGGCUGGAAGUAUGAAGUAUAUUCACAUCAAUACCCUAUCGAUGUGUCUGAAAUCUUUGUCGGAUCAGAAAGUGGUGACCUGCUUCUUGACUUUAUAACCCAUGAAGUCGACUUUCGCAAGAAUGCCGAUGCAAGUUUGGUUGAUAGAGUUUUGGCAUUAAUAAAAAACGCGAGCUUCGUGAAAGAUGGAAAAUAUCUUUGCAUGAAAACUGACACUCUGUUGGUCGUGCACAAAUAGAAUAUCGGAAUGAUGAUUUGCAAUAUGAAGGAAAUAUGACGAACUUGCAUGUUCCUGUCUUGCCGCUUUGAUUGUUGAAAACAUUGAGAGUUGAAUCUUUGCAUGAAAUAUG